CUCUACAAUGCGCGCCGUGUACCGCCACCUGCGGCCGCUGGCACGGGGCCUGCCGCGCGCACACACCGCCGUGCGCUGCUUCUCGCAGCUCGAGGGCCCGCAGGACGUGCGCAUCGUCGCACUGCCGUCGGCCAUCGGCCUCGUCGCGCCGGCGCUCGGCCUCGAGCGCGCCUUUCCCUUCGACCACGUCUGGCUGCGCGAUGCCUGCCGCGAGCGCGAGAGCGUGCAGGAGAGCACGCAGCAGAAGAUGUUCCACACGAGCGACAUCCGCGUGCCGCAUGACGGCGAGAGCCUGCUGGACCCCGACCACCCGCCCACCCUCGAGCCGAGCAGCGACGGCUGCGCGCCCGAGGACUGGGUCCUGACGCUGCACUUUGCGCCCAAGGCGCACGUCACCAACGCCUUCUCGGCGGCGUUUGGCACCGUUGCCGAGCCGCCGUCGACGCCGCACCGCUCGCGCCUGCCGCUCUCGCUGCUGCUCUCGCACGCGCUGCCGGAGCGCUACGAGGCGCUGCACCACGACAUCGGCGGCGUGCCGACGCCGUGGGGAGCAUCCGAUGUGGCAGCAUUUCCCGCGCCGCGUCCGCCGCCAUCCUCGGCAGACGAGCAGCCCGAGUCGCUCGACGUCGACGCCGCACACGCGCGGCCGGCGCGCGUUGCGUGGGGUGCGCUGCUGGGCGAGGGCGACGAGCGAGCGGCGUCCGCAGCGCUGUCACGGGCUCUCGUGCGCGACGGGCUCGUCUUUGUUGCAGGGCUGCCAACAGACGUGACAGACAACGAAGGGCCAAAGAGGGCACGUCUUGCGGACCUGGCUGCAAAGCUCGGCGAGAUCCGCAACACCUUCUACGGGCCGCUGUGGAACGUGCGCUCGCUCGGCUCUGCCUCGCGCAACAUCGCCUACACCAACGUCGACCUCGGCCUGCACAUGGACCUGUGCUACUUCCAGAACCCGCCGCGCUUCCAGUUCCUGCACUCGCUGCGCAACCGCGUGCGCGGCGGCAGCAGCAUCUUCGUCGACAGCUUCAAGGUCGCCGAGCACAUGUGGGAGCACCAUCGCGAGGCGUGGAAUCUGCUGGCCAAGGUUCCGGUCGGCUUCCACUACCAAAACGACGGCUUCCACUACCGCUACACGCACCCGACGUUCGAGGUGGCGGCUGAAAACGAGGGCCACGGCGGCCGGCCGUUCGCUUCCGGCAUGCCGCGCCUGACAGCCGUCAACUACUCGCCGCCCUUCCAGUCGCCCAUGCCGCUGCACCCCGCCUCUGGCCAGCCCAGCACGGCCGAGCGCCUCGCUUUCUACGACGCGCUGCGCAUCUUCGCCGAUCUGACGCUCGAGGAGCAGUUCCGCUACGAGCGCACGCUCAGCGAGGGCGAGUGCGUCAUCUUCGACAACCGGCGCGUGCUGCACUCGCGGCGCGGCUUCGAGUGGGACGAGCAGGCAGAGAGCGGGGACGAUGUGAAGCGCUGGCUGAAGGGAUGCUACAUCGACGGCGACGCCGUCUGGAGCACGUACAGGACACUCAACAAGGGCGCAAAGCCAUGACCAAUGCGGAUAGUAUGCAUUCACAAGCUCGGAGUGAGGGCAGUGCGGCUCGCCUCCAGCCAAAGGUG